AUGAGGAUGCGGAGCUUACUGGUGCUCGCGGCCAUCGGCCUGGCCGCUGCCGAGGACGGCCUCAACGGCUGGCUUCGCUAUGCGCGGAUCAAGGGAGCACGCGAUUUCCACGACAGGCUGCCGUCUACCAUUGUCGCACUCAACGCCACCGAGGGGCUCCCCGUCUACACGGCCGGCCAGGAGCUCGCCCAGGGCAUCGAGGGCAUCUUCGGCAAGAAGGUCGACCUCGACGUCGACCUCGCAACGGCCGGCGCCGGCAAGAGUAACGGCAAGGGCAAGGGCAAUGGCAAGGGCAAAGGAAAGGGCAACAACGGCCACGGCCACGACCGCGACACCACCGCCACGGUUGGGACGGUCGCGGCGUAUGUCGACAGCAACCCCGGCGCUGCUGCCGCCGGCAUCCCCGAGCUGGCCGACGACGGCUUCUACCUCCGGGUCUCGCGCGGUAACGUCCUGAUCCUCGGCCAGAACGAGCGCGGCGCCCUGUACGGCGCCUUCCACUACCUCUCGCUGCUCGCGCAGGGCAACGCAUCCGACUACACGCUGGCGUCCAACCCGGACGCGCCGAUCCGGUGGGUGAACCAGUGGGACAACAUGCAGGACGGCGGCACCCACGGCAGCGUCGAGCGCGGCUACGGGGGCGACUCCAUCUUCUUCUGGGACGGCAAGGUCCGCGACGACCUGACCCGGGCCGGACUCUACGCCCGCCUGCUCGCCUCCAUCGGCGUCAACGCGGUCGUCGUCAACAACGUCAACGCCGACCCCAAGACGCUGACGCCCGAGAACAUGGACGGCCUGGCCCGCAUCGCCAACGCCUUCCGGCCCUACGGCGUCCAGCUGGGCGUCUCGCUCAACUUCGCCUCGCCCCAGACCCUCGGCGGACUCGACAGCUUCGACCCCCUGGACGAGCGAGUGGUGGAGUGGUGGCGGGACAUCACCGACGCCCUCUACGAGCGGAUCCCCGACAUGGCCGGCUACCUGGUCAAGGCCAGCUCGGAGGGCCAGCCCGGCCCCUUGACGUACAACCGGACGCUCGCCGACGGCGCCAACCUGUUCGCGCGCGCCCUCAAGCCGCACGGCGGCCGCGUCCUGUUCCGCGCCUUCGUCUACGACCACACCAGCCUGGACGAGGACAAGGACUGGAAGGCGGACCGGGCCAAGGCGGCGGUCGAGUACUUCGACGGCCUCGACGGCAAGUUCGAGGACAACGUGGUGAUCCAGAUCAAGUACGGCCCCAUCGACUUCCAGGUGCGCGAGCCCGCGUCCCCCCUCUUCUCGCGCCUGGUCCGCACCGCCUCCGCCCUCGAGCUGCAGAUCACGCAGGAAUACCUCGGCCAGCAGGCCCACCUCGUCUACCUGGCGCCCAUGUGGAAGGAGAUCCUCGACUUCGACUUCCGCGUCGACGGCCGGCCCUCGCGCACCGCCGACAUCCUCAACGGCAAGCGCUUCGGCCGCCGCCGCGCGGGCGGCUACGCCGGCGUCGCCAACGUCGGCACCAACACGACCUGGCUGGGCAGCCACCUGGCCAUGUCCAACCUGUACGCCUUCGGCCGCCUCGCCUGGGACCCGUCGUCCGAGCCCGAGAGCGUCCUCCGCGACUGGAUCCGGCUGACCUUCGGCGACGACCCGAAGGUGCUCGACGUCAUCACGCGCAUGUCGAUGGCCUCGUGGCCGGCCUACGAGAACUACAGCGGCAACCUGGGCAUCCAGACGCUGACCGACAUCCUGCUGGGCCACUACGGCCCGAACCCGGCCUCGCAGGACGGCAACCCGUGGGGCCAGUGGACGCGCGCCGACGCCGACAGCAUCGGCAUGGACCGCACCGUCUGGAACGGCACCGGCUUCUCGGGCCAGUACCCGCCCGAGGUCGCGGCCCGGUUCGAGAGGAUCGAGACGACGCCGGACGAGCUGCUGCUCUGGUUCCACCACGUCCCCUACACGCACGUCCUCAAGUCCGGCAAGACGGUCAUCCAGCACUUCUACGACGCCCACUACGAGGGCAGCGCCGUGGCCCAGACCUUCCCGCGCCUGUGGGAGACGCUCCGGGGCCGGGUGGACGACGAGCGGUUCGAGCACGUCCUGUUCCGGCUCGAGUACCAGGCCGGCCACGCGCUCGUCUGGCGCGACAGCAUCAACAACUUCUACUUCAACAAGUCCGGCAUCCCCGACGCCCGCGGCCGCGUCGGCCACCACCCGUACCGCAUCGAGGCCGAGCACAUGCGGCUGGACGGCUACGUCCCCUACGACGUGAGCCCCUUCGAGGCCGCCAGCGGCGCCCGCUGCGUCGUGACGCGCGACAACUCGACCGCCACCGCCGCCACCGCCAGCGUCGAGCUGCGCCACGUGCCCACGGGCACCUACGACGUCGCCGUCAACUACUACGACAUGGCCAUCGGCAACUCCACCUGGGAGCUCUACAUCGGCCGCCGCCGCGUCGGCCGCUGGAAGGGCGACCUCGAAUACAACCUCGGCCGCGCCCCGUCCCCCUACAUCGACGGCCAGACCGCCGCCCGCGUCACCUUCCGCCGCGUCCACAUCGAGAGGGGCAGCACCCUCAAGAUCGUCGGCAGGCCGGACGGCCUGGAGCCCGCCCCCAUCGACUACGUCUCCAUCCUGCCGCUGGGCAUUGUCGACUAA